AUGCAUCGAGAUCUCGAGGGUGGCUUUGCCUUUCUCGCCUACCUUCCCGAGAAGAAACCAUCCCUUUUAUUCCAGGUGGCAGGAAACUCGACGAUGACCUUCUCUGUACGAAACGAGGACGGGGUCGACGGCCGACCCGCUCGACUCGAUCGGGAAUCUUUCUCUUCGUCGUCGUACCCGAUCCGGACGCAGGAAGCCCGGGAAACGAGAUCGUCUAGUGCUGCCCCUGCCGGGAACCCCCGGAGACCCCCUCUCGACCCUCGAGACCUCCAGCCUCAGUCCUCUGCGUGGAUCCCGACCAUGAACGGCUUCGUCCCGCUGCUCCUCUUCCUCGCUCCCCUCUUUUCCCUUUCGGCCGCACAAGUGGCGCCGAAGGGGGACUUCGCCCGGCUGCGACGGGACCUCCUGGUCGGGUACGACGAGAAGACCAAGUCCGGCUCCGCCGAUUCGCCCCCCGUCGUCGUCAGAACCGGCUUCACCUUCGUUCACAUCGACUUCGACGACGUCAAGGGGGAGCUGCUGGCGAACUUCUGGAUGAAGAUGGUGAGUUUGGGGAGGGAGAGAGAGAUGCAUGCAUACCGGGUUGGGCAAAAUUCACCCGACACGGGACGGAAAGGCAUGUGGGAGGACGACCGGCUGACGUGGAAACCAGACGAAUACGGUGGAAUCGGCAUGAUCAACCUGCCCCCUCAGGACGUAUGGAGACCGGACGUCACCCUUUACAACGACGACAUGCAUUUCCAACUGGAGGAGCAGUUUGGCACCAAAUUGACGAUCGCGUUUCCGAACGGGACGUUGUUGUGGGUGCCAUCGGGGAGGAUCUCCUCUCACUGUGUCAUGGAUUUUGCACACUGGCCCAUGGACACGCAGACCUGCCAACUCAAAUUUGGCUCCUGGACGUACAGCGCUAAAGUCGUCGACCUCAGGAUCGACUCCGCAGAGGUGGAUCUCAAGUACCUGGAAAAGAAUUCGUGGACGGUGGUGGAAACAAGUGUGAAAAGGAACGAGGUGAUCUAUGAAUGCUGUCCGGAACCCUACGUCGACGUCACCGUUGUCAUCACCGCCCGAAGGGAAUCCCCAACUGACAGAAUCAUCGUAUACCUCCAAGCCAUCGGUACAUUCCUGUUGGUGUGCCUGCUUCUGAGCACCAUUUCGUGCAUCUGGUAUGGAGUGUUGGGAUGGUUGGAGUCCCCUGCCAGGAAACCCCUUCCACCUUCUCUGAAUGCUCUGGUGACAACCUGCCUUGCUCCUGCACUCUGUUUGAGGGAUUCAGCACAACAGGUAACUGAUGAGGAAAGUGAGGUGGAGAGUGAGAAGUUGAAGGGUGAAGGAGGUGAAAGUGCAAAGAAGGCUCGCAAGGAUCAAUCCUGGAAUCUUUUCACCGCAUGCCUUCAUCGUCUCCUUUUCCUCCUUGUCCUCGUCAUCAUGGUCAUCAACUUUGCCAUCUAUUUCCCUCGACCUUGAACCAGGGGGGUUUUGUGGGAUGCAUGCUCAUAUAGUGCCAUGCUGUUUGUUUCCAACCCUCCAAUUGGUGUUGAGUGUUCUUGUUCUGUCUUCUGAGGAAUUCUUCAUAUUUCACAUGAUUAUGCAUUCACUCCUAUGCAAUUUAAUGCCGUUGUUUUUUACUACUGAACAUUGAGAGUCACCCCAAAAUAAAAGAGAGAAUCAAAUAAAUA